AUGUUAUGUAUGGCACAAAUUUCGGUACUUGAGAACUCUGCUCUUCGUCCAUCAGCGCCACAAGCUGCCGAGAUUCUUUGCACGAUUCUAGACAACUUAACCAAAGAUUCGAGUGACUUUACGACCAUCGCUUCCAUUUCUAGUUCUGAGUACACAAAUAGCAUGUAUUCGUCAGUGCGAAACGGCGAUGGUUCAUCAGAUUUGGAUCAUCGCCCCAGCUCGCUGCUUGGUCAGCGCAGCCCUAACUUUUUUCGUGGCCAAUUCUCUGCCCGCAGUAGCAGUAGCAGUGCCAUAAGUGGGGAAUACCACGAUCACCAUCACCAUGAAGGCUCACGCUAUGAAGAGCAUAAGGUUAUUGUCGUUUAA